UGUUGGUUCUUUCUCGCGUACAUAUUGAUCGUAUCUGAUCAGUUUUUGAAACGUGGCCAACGAAGAUGCAGGUUCUGCCGCUGGCUAUGCUACUACUCUGGGCAAAGGCAAUCCCAAUGGCCCCAAAUGUUUGGGCCGAAUUCUGCGAUAAUGGAACCGGAGAGUGCAGAGAUUUGACCGCGGCUGACUGCCCGACAGUCUUCGACAACCUGGCCGCCAUUGGGCCCGCCCUCAAGUACUGCGAUGAGUUCAACUACAUCGUUUGCUGUCCCCUGGCCCUGGAUGUUCAGAUCCAGAAACAGACCGUGAAUCCGGUCGAAAGCAGCAGAAGAUUCGAAAGGGAAUGUCGUCGCUUCAAUGAGAUAAGGGCCUCCUGCCGCACCACUCCAUUGAUUGUAGGCGGAACGAAGGCCGCUGGCCGAGAGUUCCCCUUCAUGGCCCUGCUCGGGCAACGCCAGAGGGGAAGUACGACCAUCGACUGGGACUGCGGAGGGUCUUUGAUCCAUCCCAAGUUCAUUCUCACCGCCGCCCAUUGCCUGGAGACAAACGAGAAGAAGGAGGAGCGCCUGGAUCCCAAUUUCGAUUCUCCGAAAUAUGUUGUGCGGCUGGGAGAACUUGACCACAAGAACGAUACCGACGAUGCCCGGCCUCAGGACUUCCGGGUGGUCAAUUAUGUAGUGCAUCCUUCCUACGAUGAGGACGAUAACGGCAGCCGCAAGAACGACAUUGCACUCGUGGAACUGGACAGGGCGGCAGUCCUUGACGAGUAUGUGGCGCCUGCCUGCCUGCCGCCCUUCAGUGGCAACGAGCAUCUUCAGCUAAUGGCCACCGGCUGGGGAGCCGUCAAGGAGGGUGGACGAUCCUCCUCGCACCUGCUCAAGGUGAGUCUGGAGCGUUUCAGCGAAGAGGAGUGCAGCCGGCGACUGGAGCACCACAUCGACAUACGCACUCAGCUGUGUGCAGGCUCCCGGUCCAGCAAUGCCGACACCUGCUACGGCGACUCCGGCGGCCCCGUCUUUGUGCAGCACUCGUCAUUCGCCUGCCUCAAGCAGGUCAUAGGCAUCACCUCGUACGGCCUAGUAUGCGGCGAGAAGGGCCUGCCCAGCGUCUACACCAAGGUGCACCUGUUCACGGACUGGAUCGAGAGCAUUGUGUGGGGCGAAUAGAACAGACAGACG